UGUUCUGGUGUUUAGAUCUACACAGCAUUAAAUAUUGUUAGAGUAUCGAAAUGCAAGAGGUUGAUUUAAAAUUCUGUUUACGAGCAAGCGCUCAAAACGAUUUUUUUUGUUUUAAUGAUGAAUUAAAACCCGGAUUUAAACCUCGUGUGCCCUGAAGAAAAGUUCUAAUGUGUUGCUAACUAGUUUCCUAGGAUAGUACCUGAUGUAUUGAAACUCCUUUAAUAUGAGAAAAAUUAUCUGUAGUGAUGGAACGAAGGAAUUAUUUACAGGAUCAUGUUACCAUUUGACUUCUUAAUUUGAAAAUUCGUAAAGUUUGGUGAAACGCUUUUCAUUCGUCUAUCUAGUCACUAUAAACUUAUAUCUUAUAUCCGAGAAUGUAUGCAAAUUCUAAUGAAACGAAUGCGUAACAAAUGCAACGCAACAUGACUUUUCUUUGUAACUUCUUCCGCCGCGUUACUUUUACUCGAAGUUUGAAACAACCCGAAACUUUUGUCAUCAGAAGCAUUUGUGUCUUGUCUAGCCAUGCGAAGGAAGGAAGAGAAAUUUUAUUUAAUUUGCGGACAUGCAGAGGCGAGUCACUGCAGCGCCUCCAGUGUUGCAACGCACUUGCUGCGUGCGUUAGUAACUCACGAAGUUAUUCUGCAAGCAGGGAACCUGCCAACAAAACUAUAACAGUUUGUGGAAAGGAUUUCGUCCGUGAUAGAAUGACAAACGUCAAUGCCAAGAUUCUGUCUCACAUCGGGAGAGCUUUGCACCGCCAGAAAGACCAUCCUCUGUACCACACCAAGACCAGGCUACUGCAGUGCCUGCACCAGAGGUACCAGAACAGACGCGGCAACCCUGUCUUCACGGUGGUCGAAGACUUGCCGCCCCUCGUCACUGUGCAGCAAAAUUUUGACCAGCUGCUGGUGCCGCCAGACCACGUCUGUAGGAACAAGAGAGACAAUUAUUACGUCAACAGACGGCAUCUGCUCAGAGCACACACCAGCGCGCAUCAGGGAGACUUGCUGGCGUCUGGUCUGGACAACUUCGUGAUCGUGGGCGACGUGUACAGACGAGAUGAGAUCGAUGCCUUCCACUACCCUGUCUUCCAUCAGAUGGAAGGAGUCAAACUCUACACUGCUGAAGAGCUGUUACCGGAAGACGCUGGCACGGGAGGCCCUCGCCCCCAGGUGCUGACGGGCCUGCCGUCCACGGGGGCCUGCGCCCCGGACACCAACGCCCCCCAGGCCGCGCACACGCCCCAGGCCGUCGCCGCCCUCACCACCGACCUCCAGCAAUGCCUGCAGGCCAUGGCCACGACGCUCUUCGGGGAGAAGACACAGUGCCGCUGGGUGCCCGCCUAUUUCCCCUUCACUCAGCCGUCGUGGGAGCUCGAGGUCCUGCUGGACGGUCGCUGGGUGGAGAUCCUGGGAUGUGGCAUUGUGCAGCAGCGCAUACUAGAGACAGCGGGAGUAAAGGCCAAGGUUGGCUGGGCGUUCGGCCUGGGACUGGAGCGUUGGGCGAUGAAGUUGUACGACAUCCCCGACAUCAGAAUAUUCUGGUCCCGCGACUCCGGCUUCUUGUCUCAGUUCAAGUUUGAAGAUUCAAACACGCUCUAUAAGUACAAGAGAGUGAGCGCUUACCCGCAGUGCACCAACGACAUUAGUUUCUGGCUGCCGAGCGCCGCCACGUUCGACUCUAACGACUUCUACGACCUCGUACGUCAGGUCGGCGGCGACAUCGUCGAGCAGGUUAGCCUAGUGGACGAGUUCAAGCAUCCCAAGACAGGUCGCACGUCGCACUGCUACCGCAUCGUCUACCGCCACAUGGAGAAGACGCUCACGCAGGAAGAAGUCAACGUCGUUCAUCGCGCCAUUGCGGCUACUGCUACUGCCGAGCUCGCCGUCACUGUUCGAUAGACUUUGGAAAAAUUAAGAUGUUUGUCGAUGUUUCCCUACUUUUGAGUUGAUGAAUUAUUUAUUUAAUAAAGUUUCUUAGAGUUUACUGCCGAAGAAUGCAGCUCAAUUUUUCAUGCAGAUAAUCCCGAUUUCUUUUAGAAGGCCGGUUGUAGGUCUGAAUGAUGUUCAUGGUAAAUCCAUCGAUUGUUACGGCCCGCAUUUCGUUCAUUGGUGAAGCUAUCCUAGAGAACAUGUUCUCAAGGAAAAUCUAUUUUUUUUUUCUUUUAAAAAUAGACUAUAUUGGUAACAAAAAUACAAAUUACUCGGUAAAAAUUCCUAUCAUUAUACGAUUUUUUUCAAGCUAAACUGAUCCUAAACAUGAAAUAAGACUUAGUUAUUGUACAGAAAUAACAAAAGUUGUAUCAUAAAGCCUCACUUUCAUAUGAUCAA